AUGCCUCAACAACUCAAACCCCUCGCGACCUUCCGACCGCCCUGCAACGCCCGCACCUGGCUCAGCACCCCGCACCCACACCUCCCCAUCCUCGCAACCGCGUGCUCCGACAAGACGGUCCGGAUCUACUCUCUGCAGAACUUCCAGCAGCAAGCGACGAUUAGCGGCGGACAUAAGAGGAGUAUAAGGAAUUGUUGCUGGCGCCCGAAUUCCGUGGGCGAGAGCGUCCUCGCGACGGGGAGUUUCGAUGCGAGUGUGGGGAUUUGGAAGAGGUGGGAGGAGAAUGCCGGUGCUGGGGCUAGUGGAGGGGAGGUGGACUUCACGGGCAAAGGAUUAUCUGGUGGUGGCGAUGGAGGGGAUGGGGAGGACGAUGAAGAGUGGAGGUUAGAGGUGAUCCUCGAUGGACAUGAUUCUGAGAUUAAAUCUUUGCAAUUCUGCCCCACGGCGCCUUUGCUCGCGACGUGCAGUCGCGAUAAGAGCGUGUGGGUGUGGGAGGAGCUGGAUGAUGGGGAGAAUUUCGAGACGAUGGCGGUUUUGCAGGAUCAUGAGGGGGAUGUCAAGUGUGUUGGGUGGCAUCCUGCUGAGCAGUUGUUGGCUAGUGGGAGUUAUGAUGAUACGGUGCGGUUGUGGAGGGAGGAUGUGGAUGAUUGGGCGUGUUGUGCGCUUUUGAAGGGGCAUGCGGGGACGGUGUGGUGGGUUGAGUUUGAGGGGGUGGAGGUUUCGAGGGGGUUAAGGGAGGGGGCGGUGGGUGAGGAGCAGAGGGCGUGGUUGGAAGAGAGGGAGAAGAGUGGACCGAGAUUGAUGACUUGUUCAGACGAUAAGACGAUUAGGGUUUGGAGAAGGAAACCUAAGGAGAAGAAAGAAGUUGGGGGUCAUUCGACUGGUAUGCCCAGCAUAUGGAAGAACCGCGACUUCGAAGAGCAGUGGUACGAAGAAGCACAACUACCAGCGGUGCACGACCGUCCGAUCUACACAGUCAACUGGAGUCGCAAGACAGGAAGAGUCGUGAGCACCGGCAGCGACGGGAAGAUUGUCGUAUACGAGGAAGUGUGGAAGCAUGGGGAUGUGGAGAUGUCGGAUGCCGCGCUCCCAUCAACCACAGACAACACGAGUGGCAAGAGCUUGACGGAAUGGGUCAUCGUCGCAGAUGCGGAGAAUGCGCAUGAUGUCUUUGAGGUCAAUCAUGUUGUUUGGGUGGAGAGGUGUGAUAAGGGGAAGAGGUUUGAGGGUGAGGAGGUGGUUGUCAGUACGGGAGAUGAUGGGGAGGUCAAAGUUUGGACACUGGAUUGA